AUGAGUGGGGUCACCCAUCUUGACGUGGAGUCCUUCUUCGACAAGAUCAACAAACAUGUCGGACUGAAGUAUGCUUUUGCUGGGAUCGGGCUCGGAAGCAACGCUUUCUUGGUGAACCUCAAGAACAAGGCUACCCUGACAUUCGUGGAGAAGGCCCUAGAACGAGCCCUUGGCUCUCAAUACAGCGCGGAGGCCGUCGCAACGAGCACCGGACAGAAGUUCGUCCCCGGAGAACGCCAAAACGAAGGACGGUGUAAGACGACCAUAGAGCUCGAGGCAGCAGCUGCAUCAGCGGCGGCAUCGCAUAUCGGAGAUUCGCCCGCAAGAAUAUUUGUUCUCGUCGGUGUGUCGCAGAGAGCAACGUACUCGUACAACACCCAGGCAGGUCUUGUCAAGGUGGGGAAGAAUGAAGAACGCACGGCUUGUCCCCUUGAAAAUGGGAACCCCGUGCCAGCAGGCGAACAAGCCGGUGUCGCCUCUGGCCUCGUCGCGCCCCAUCAUCAGGGACGAACCGCGGACGUGGUGGGCGCAGCAGCACCGGCACCCGCAACCACCCGCCCGGGGCAGGAGUCGGAGCACCAACUCAAGGUCACGGUGCACGAAGCCUUAGAGCUGGAAAGGUGGGAUUUUCUGUAUGACACCACAAGCACACCUUUGCAAUCGGUGCCAGUUUUGGCUCCGAUCAUGAACAGGAACUGGGAAGAGGCGAGGGCGAAGAGAGAUGGAAAAGAGGCCCACCAGAUUCAGAAAACUGCUGCCGGCGGGGAGUUUUCGGCGCUGAAAUCGUUUGUGGACCAGGGAAGCCAGAACGUCAUGGAAACAGAGCGCCUGAGUCCGCAAGUCCAAUUCGACACGAUCACCGCCGUUCGGCAAACGCUUUCGACAGGGCACGAUCCCUCUUUCCAUGUGCCAAAGCUCGUCGAGUUUGUCGAGAACGAAGGCGACCCCGCUCUGCAGCUUGAGUCGGUCAGGUUGUUGGCGACGAUCUCUGGCAGUCACACGCAUGCGGUUGUCAUACAUGGCGCCGUUCCGAUCUUCGUACGUCUUCUCACGAACCCCAAUGACGACGUCCGAGAAGAGGUGGUGCGCGCAGUAGGACACAUCGCGGGAUACUCCUCCUUGUCCGGCGACAUGGUUCUCCAGCGAGGCGCAUUGGGUACCCUACUCCAGCACCUACUCCAGCAGCUGACGGACCGAUCUUCGCUGUCGAUGCAACGGGUAGCCACGUGGGCACUGUCAAAAUUCUACGUCGGGAAUUCGUUGCCCAGGUUGGAGCAAGUCAGUCCAGCGUUGCCCACCCUGACGUGGCUGAUACACUCCGUCGACGAAGAGGUGCUGACAAACUCGUGCGCGGCUCUAGGCUGCCUUUGCACCCCGCGGUUGGGAACAUCUUUAUAUCCAAGGGUAAAUAGAGAAAUGGUCCAGGCGGUGGCCGGAGCCGAAGUCUGCCAGCGCCUAGUGGAGUUGCUGGAUCACACCUCUCCUGCCGUGCAGAUGCAAGCUUUGUUCGCCAUCAAUGGAAUCGUUUCGAGCGAGGACCAGCAUACGCGGAUCGUUGCAUCAGUUAUCCGGAUCGCCACCGAGGUGGGCGGGCUGGAGGACGUCAGGAAGUGGGUCCCGCUCCUGUUGAAUCUCUUGGAGAAUGACGGAGCCCAAGUCAUUUUCGAGGUGGAUCCUGACUCCGAUGCAUGGCGGCGGCUCCGACAUCUGCUCAGCUCGUCGAAUACAGAAGUCCGCGAAAAUACUUGUCAAGUCAUCCGCAGGAUCACGUUGGGCAACAAGGAGCAGACUCGGGCCAUGAUCGAGGCCGGCAUCGUACCUGCCCUCAUCCAGCUCCUUUCCGAUCUGAAUCCUGAUACUAGGCGGUAUGUUGCGUCAGUCUCGAACGCCACUGAGGUAGGCGAGCCGGAGGAAGUGGGGAGAUGGGUGCCGCUUCUGUUGGACCUCUUGCAGAAUGAUGACACCCAACUCUUGGUGAAGGUGCUCACGAUCCUUGAGAUAAUCCUCCAGGUGGUUCGUGACUCCGAUGCAUGGCAGCCGCUUCGCCGUCUGCUCAGCUCGCCGAAUACAAAAGUCCGCGAUAGGACAUGUCAAGUCAUCCACAGGAUCACGUUAGGCAGCAAGGAGCAGACUCGGGCUAUGGUCGAGGCCGGUAUCGUACCUGUCCUCAUCCAGCUCCUUGCCGAUGUGAACUACGACAUUCGAUCGCACGCUGCAUCAGCUAUCUCUAACGCCACCAAGUUAGGCGAGUCGGAGGAAGUCAGGAGAAGGAUCCCGCUCCUGUUGAGCCUCUUGGAGCAUAUAUAUUUUUACGAAGUCAUGGUAGACGUGCUCGAGAUCAUUGAGGAAAUCCUUGAGCGCGGUGACACGGAUGCGAAGGCGCAAGGGCAGGAGAUGAACCAGAUGGCUACGUGCAUGGCGGAAUGCGGAGGAUGGAAGCACCUUGAAUGUCUCGAACGUUUCGGUCUAUCUGAAUCCGUCGACGGAUUAGGUUUCUUCGACAUCAGCCCAAAGGUUCGGAGAAACUUGACGAGACUCCUGUUUGUGUACGCCAUGUACCUGAUGUUCAACUUGAUAUUUUUCUCCCUUAACUUAAUAUGCUGA